CUUCACACCUCCGCAUUGCUGCGCUGUCUCUGGCAUUGUUGCUUUGCCGAAAUUGACUAGUUCAUAUUUUUUACUUUUUUUCUAGACAGCCCUACGGUCUUCUGCGACCCGUGUUGUCGCCUUUUUUUUUUUUUCUGGUCUCUUUCAGGGCUGGUCUCCGUUCUCUCUCCAUUGGCAGUCACCGAUCAGACUGCCUGUCUCUAUCGAAUCUCCUGCAUCAACAUCGUAUACCUCAUUAUAAUACAAGAUGUCCGACCUAAUCUCCUCCCUACCUUUCCUUACGGACAAUGCUAUAGCCGCGACUAUAAAGGAUGCAUACUCCUCGUUCUCAGAGCGCAGAGCGGCCCUCGGGCUCCCCAACCCGGGAACUGUGGAUAAUGUCGGCAGGGAGGUGCAGAAGGAGGUUCUUUUGUCCAAUUUCAUGUUCACCGGUUUGCGUGCAGACUUGACAAAGGUUUUUGGCAUGUCUCCUCUUUUCCGCAUCUCGCAUGCGUUCUCCAUGGGCUCCUCCGGGAACCUUCCUCCAUACGCUUUCUCCGCCAUGUACGGAACUCCAAAGGUGUUUAUGCAAGGCAAUAUCGGAAGCGACGGUGCUCUCGCUGCUGUUGGGAACUACCGUUGGAAUGACGCGUUGGUCACCAAGACCAACGCCCAGAUAAUGGCCGGAGCAAGCCAGGGCCUUCUUCAAAUCGACAAUGAUUAUACCGGUUCCGAUUUCUCGGCCUCGCUCAAGGCAUUCAACCCAUCCUUCUUGGAAGGCGGCCUUACCGGCAUUUUCGUCGGAAGCUACCUCCAGUCCGUCACCCCCCGCCUGGCUCUGGGCUUUGAGGCAAUCUGGCAACGUCAAGGCCUGAAUACUAGACCAGAAACUGCACUCUCCUAUUGCGCGAAGUACAAGGGAGAUGAUUGGAUUGCAAGUGCUCAGCUGCAGGCACAGGGUGUUCUCUCGGCCACAUACUGGAAAAAGCUCUCCGAAAAAGUUGAAGCUGGAGUUGACAUGAACCUUCAGUUUGCUCCCAAUGCUGCGGCUACCUUGAUGGGUGGCCCUAGCAGGGAUGGUACAACCUCAAUUGGUGCCAAAUAUGACUUCCGGGCUUCCACUUUCCGCGCACAAGUCGACAGUGCCGGAAAGGUCAGCUGCCUCCUGGAGAAGCGGAUAGCGAUGCCCAUCUCCCUUACCUUUGCUGGGGAGAUUGAUCAGGCCAAGCAAUCGGCUAAACUCGGUCUUGCUGUGUCUCUUGAGAUUGCUGGCGAUGAACUCAUGGAGCAGCAAGACAAGAUUGAAGCCCAGGGAAUUGUUCCUCCUCCCUUCUAGACAUUUCGCGACUCCUCACCACUACGAGAUCUAGUACGCCUCGCGACAUUGGAGUGAGUUGUACUCCGACUUAUUCCCCCUUCCCCCUCAUAACUCUUCGUGGUCUGUUUUAUUAGUUCUUCCCUCUCUGAAUUGUCUUGAAAAUAUGGUAUAUCACUUCCUCAGCUUGCUAUCUCGUGCGCGAUAUGCUGAGCAAGAGACAGUCACCCGGGGCCAUAAAGGCAUCUUUUGUAUAGACUCGUAUUCUGUUCCACUGAUUUUCCCCCGAUUUCCAUCACUGGCUUUCUAUAUGGAUGUUGGUCGGUUGUCUUGUCCUCGUGGUUACCUUCUGCUCUGACCGCUAUAUUGGCCGGUCAAAAACUUCUGGGCAUGAGAUGCAUGGGUGUACUCGCGGGGAGCUGUUUCAUUAUUUUCUUUUUAUUGUUCUUUUCUUUCCAUGACAUAGAUGGGGAAAUGUAAAACAGUUUUAACUCGGAUAGCGGAGUCAACUAGUACACAGACAUGCAAAUCUACGCAAUAAGAAUGAUGUGAACUUUCUUAUUGAAUGAGUGUUGUGAUUAUUUUAAAACAUACACGGAGAAUGAGGUUAUAUUUAGACCCUCGGCUUACACUCAACGCUUAUGAUGUAGAUGUGCAAUGGUCCAUCGACUUUUUGCUCUGGACUCAGUAUGUAGACAUGAAACUACUGCCCUCAGACAUAUCAAUUCACCUCCCCUUCCAAUUAGAAUGCCAGUCUUAUAGACGGCCAGAUCUAGGCCCUGGUAGUUUCGGUUCUGACAUUUGAACAAGACAACCGCAUCCGCCAUGAGAAGGGAUACUAUAUGCUGGAUGUCGAUCCAAGAAUCGAAUAUCGGGCAUAUCCGAGAAAAUUUGAGAAACAUUCUUCAGGUUAUGUAUAUAGUUUGCCAUAGUGAUCAUUUUAUCUCAUAUAAGCUAUAUUGCCGUCG